CAGGAUCCAGCUGCAGGGUCCAGCUGCAGGGUCCAGCUGCAGGGUCCAGCUGCAGGGUCCAGCUGCAGGAUCCAGCUGCAGGAUCCAGCAGUGUGGCACUGCUAUUUUUACUCAAACGUACUCCGUUCUUUCUGUAUCUACAUUCGGUGUUUCUCAACUCAACUUGUUUUUCAUCCCUUGGUCUGUUGACCCUGACGUUCGUGUCACACUUCAUGGUCUCCUGGGUUCCUCAUCAGGUAACUGAGAUCAUCACACCAUCGGCUGCUGCAGGGCACAGGACGGCUGGAGGUGGAGGUUUCACUCAUCUUCUGCGUUUCCCCUUUGAGGGCAGCAGCCGCCUUCCUUCUGUAAACUGCAGAAAACUACAGAAAGACCUUUUCUCUUCAGUGCAUUCGCCGCUACUGUCGCACAAUGUCUCCCAAUUCCUCGGUCCACGUCCUGAAGUCCUCCGAGGACGACCAGGCGACAACGGCGGACAUCGACGCCAUCAUGGACAACGUCAGCAUCGUUCUCUACACGCUGACUGUGGUGCUCGGCAUCACAGGGAACGCCGUGGUGAUCUGGGUAGCUGGAUUCAAGAUCAAGCCAAAGGUGACCAACGUGUGGCUGGUGAACCUGGCGAUAGCAGACCUGAUCUUCUGCUUCACGCGAGUCCUCUCCCUCACCAAGAAGUUAUUCUUUGACCACUGGCCCUACGGCGUCUUCCUCUGCAAGUUCAACGGCUUCUUCAAGUACGCCAACAUGUUCUGCUCCGUCUUCCUCCUGGCUGUCAUCAGUCUGGACCGGGCACUCUGCGUCUGGCAGCCCGUCUUCGCCAAGCGACGGCGCACCCUGUGGGUCGCCAGGGUGGUGGCUGUCUGCCUCUGGACGAUGGCGAUCGUCUUCAGCACGCCGUACUUCGUGUACCGCCAAGUUUACCAGGGGAAGAACAACCGGAGCAAGUGUUCUUUGGAGGUGAAGGAGGCAGCAGAAGGGAGCCAAAGCACCAAACUGGCUCUUUACUCCCUCCGCUUCAUUUGUGGCUUCAUGCUGCCUUUCGUGGUCAUCCUCAUCUGUUACAUCCUGGCCGGCGUCGGCAUCCGGCGCACGCGCCUGUCUGGGAAAUCGCGCCCUCUACGUAUACUAGCAUCUUUAGUCAUUGCGUUCUUCGUGUGCUGGGCACCGUACCACUGCCUCCUGCUGGUGAAAAUGGUGGACAGUAAGAACAAGGUGGUGAAGAUAUGGCACCCGAUGGCGAAGGGCGUCGCCUACUUCAACAGCUGUGUGAACCCUCUGCUGUACUUCUGCAUGGGGCUGGAUGUGAGGGGGCGGGUCAGGCAGAGUCUGUCGGGGGUUUACAGGAGAGCGCUGGCAGACGACAUGGACGCACAGACGACCCAGUCCAACGAACGCUCGCUGGACGAUAGCGGCGCCUCGAGACACCCGACUGCUGGUGUGGCGGCAGGACGGAGUCGGGUGGAUACGCAUGUCGCUAAAGUGUGAGUCUGAUCCCUCAGACGGAAGCAACAAACAAGUGGUGUUAACCCACAGUGAAGUGGAAGUGGGAAGUUUGAGCAUUUUAUGUUUCUGUUUAAUGACAGGAUCAAACGUAUUUCAGAGAGAAGCUUUAUGAACGUACAGGGGAUAAUUACAAAAAGAGGUUAAGGGUCAGUCAGGUGUAUUCUGGGAAAAGCGCUGUCUUACUUGUAUGAACUGUUGUGAAUUGUACCAGGGUUAUUUUGCAUAACAGGAAAUACUCAUUGAAGUCAGAGUGAAAAUUCGACGUUAGAGCAUUUCUAACUUCCUUUGGACGUCAGCGAGCGGCGUAAAAUCAGAUCCUGCAGAUAUGAUUGGAUGUUAAAAACCGGUCAGUAACCUCCUGGUAAAAGAUUAGAAAUCGAUAUACACCUGCAGAUUAUUCUUACAACAGCACAGGCUUAUUGAAAAUAACCACAAAGAAAGAGAUUCAUACUGUAUAAAUAAUGUUUAUCAUGAUUAAACUGUUCAUACUGGUGUUGGUUGACUGGAUAAGCUGCAAAAAAGUGUUUUGGGUGACAUCAUAAGUAGUAAAAAGAUAACAAUUCCCCUUCUGCAAGACGACUGCUGAUUUAAUCUGAAAUUUGAUCACAUCAGGAUUAUAUCAGGAAAACAGUCAUGUGGCUGCUAUUUUUGUACCAAAGGAGGAUGAAGUCUUUAAUUAUAGGCUUGUGUUUAACGGCAACUUCUGGUAUUCAACUCCCACACUGGUCGCCAGGCGUGUCUGCUGUCGUACGUCUUACAGGUCAAAGCGUGUGUAAAUAACCUGAGGGCAGGGCGAGUCUGUUGUUCAGCACCUUCCAACAAGGCAUUUCAACAUGAUACACACGGUUGUGUUUGAUUUCCGAUUACAUUUCUUUCGUGCAACUUGUAAUGAAUACGUCAAUCAUUCUCUACAGCUUCUCCGUCUGCUCAAAGAAACAAACCUUUCAUAAACUCCCUCGAGCAUUUGUGCAAGAUAAGCGAACACGGGUGACAUAUCUCAUUUCCUUUAGUCUGGGGACUAAGCUUCUUUCUAAUGUUGUGCUGUAAGUGUUAUUUCCUGCAGUAAAUACUUGUAGCUGUAACUGAAAUGUCUCUGAUACUGCAGGAAAUGAUGGACCGGGGCAUCGUGUGUAUGCAAACCUAUGUAUGUAGCCAUCCAAUACCAGGUCUUUAAAGUACAUCACCUUCACCAGAUAAAACUGCAAUGUUUUGUUUGUUUCCUCACGUCUGUGAGAUGAGACUGUUUGUCUUGGACUCACUGUUCUUGAGGUUUGAUGAUGUGACAUGUUAAAUGUCAUGGAUUUGAACUAACACUGUUACACUUUGAUUUAAAAUUCCAUGCAAAGAGGGAUUAUAAUCGUAGUUCUUCCUUGUUUACCUAUUUCUGUAACAUUGCUUUACUACAUUACUCUGUAAAUACUGCUAUACGAUCAAAUCAUGAAGAUUUAAAGUUGCGUUUAAACUGUUAAAUUGUUCACUUCAAAUGACGAGAUAAUAAAGUAAGUGAUAUGAUUUGAACUGAAA